GGGCUGGACCGCGGAUGGUACGUUCCGCACGUGAGCUGGGUGCUGGUCUGGCCGGCGACGCGCGUGCCCUGUGGCCAAACACUGCCCGGAGUGAGAGCAAACUACCAGCGCAGUGGGGCCGGCGCGAGUGUGCGUGCGUGUGUGUGCGUGUGUGCGAGAGAGCGAGCGCGGUGGGAGGGGGGGGGAACCAACUGCUUCACACUUUCAACACUGCACUGAAGAAGGGAGAGAGAGAGACUGGAGACGCACAGAUACCCCCAAGAUCUCCCAAAGCUAUCGUCCCACAGAUUAUAGAACAGAACCCCAAAAAUCGAAACAGAGGAAACGGACAGCGGUUGAACAUGGACGAAGGAAUUCCUCAUUUGCAAGAGAGACAGUUACUGGAACAUAGAGAUUUUAUAGGACUGGACUAUUCCUCUUUGUAUAUGUGUAAGCCCAAAAGAAGCAUGAAGAGAGACGAUAGCAAGGAUACCUACAAAUUACCGCACAGAUUAAUAGAAAAGAAAAGAAGAGAUCGAAUUAAUGAAUGCAUUGCUCAGCUGAAAGAUUUACUGCCUGAACAUCUGAAGUUGACAACUCUGGGGCAUCUGGAGAAAGCGGUAGUCUUGGAAUUAACUUUAAAACAUUUAAAAGCUUUAACAGCCUUAACCGAACAGCAGCAUCAGAAGAUAAUUGCUUUACAGAAUGGGGAGCGAUCUCUGAAAUCGCCCAUUCAGUCCGACUUGGAUGCGUUCCACUCGGGAUUUCAAACAUGCGCCAAAGAAGUCUUGCAAUACCUCUCCCGGUUUGAGAGCUGGACGCCUAGGGAGCAGCGGUGUGUCCAGCUGAUCAACCACUUGCACGCCGUGGCCACCCAGUUCUUGCCCACCCCCCAGCUGGUGACUCAACAGGUUCCUCUGAGCAAAGGCACCGGCGCGCCCUCGGUCGCCGCCCCCGCAGGGUCCCCGGCCGCCCCCUGCCUGGAGCGCGGGGGACAGAAGCUUGAGCCCCUCGCCCACUGCGUGCCGGUCAUCCAGCGGACUCAGCCCAGCGCCGAGCUCGCCGCCGAGAACGACACGGACACAGACAGCGGCUACGGCGGCGAGGCCGAGGCGAGGCCGGACCGUGAGAAGGGCAAGGGCUCCGGGGCGGGCCGCGUCACCAUCAAGCAGGAGCCCCCCGGAGAGGACUCGCCGGCGCCCAAGAGGAUGACUGAUUCUCGCGGCGGCGGCGGCGGCGGCGGCCUGGGGGGCGGCGCGGCGGCAGCGGCGGCCGCGCUCCUGGGGCCCGACCCGGCCGCCGCCGCAGCACUGCUGAGACCCGACGCCGCCCUGCUCAGCUCGCUGGUGGCGUUCGGCGGAGGCGGGGGCGCGCCCUUCGCGCAGCCCGCCGCCGCCGCGGCCGCCGCGGCCCCCUUCUGCCUGCCCUUCUACUUCCUCUCGCCUUCUGCGGCCGCCGCCUACGUGCAGCCCUUCCUGGACAAGAGUGGCCUGGAGAAGUACCUGUACCCGGCGGCGGCCGCCGCCCCGUUCCCACUGCUGUACCCCGGCAUCCCCGCGCCCGCGGCCGCCGCCGCCGCCGCCGCCUUCCCCUGUCUGUCCUCGGUGUUGUCGCCCCCUCCCGAGAAGGCCAGCGCCGCCGCCGCGACCCUCUUACCGCACGAGGUGGCGCCCCCUGGGGCGCUGCACCCCCCGCACCCGCACGGCCGCACCCACCUGUCCUUCGCCGGCGCCCGCGAGCCCGGGAACCCGGAGAGCUCCGCUCAGGAAGAUCCCUCGCAGCCAGGAAAGGAAACCCACUGAAUCCUCGCCCCCUUUCUUAGACAGGACAAGGGUUCUCGCGGAAUAAUAAUAUUAAUAAGUAAAACACCCUUACCGUUUUAAAGGGAGGAAGUGUAAUAGAUGCACGACAGGCUUUUAAAACAACAACACAGGUGUUUUGUGUACAUUCGGAGUUCCUGUUUUGCUCAUCCCUCACCACCCCACCCUCCGCACACUAACGGCCCUUUCUUCCCUCACCAGCUAUAAAAGAACCUCUGCAAUAUUGAUACUUUCUUUAAAGAAUUCGCCCAAAUCAGUUUUGCCUUUCUUUAGGCCACGUUCCAUUAUCUUUUUAAAAUGCAGAACCUAUUUCCGGAGGGAGAAGGGUCUGCUCCGUGGGGGAGCUGACUGAACCAGGGUAGGGGAACUGUGGCCCAGGAGUUGACCUCCAAAAGCCAGCGGGUAGUUCCUAUAUGCCCGCAUAGCUCUCCCACCUGCUUCAGGAGAUUUUCCACAGGCAGAAUGAGGAUCUUUUAGAAUUGAAUUUACUCUUCAGUAUUUUAUAAUGUUCAGCUUUUUAAAAGGCAUAUAUUUUUCAAAGAGGAAGAAGUGAGGAUCCAGUCACUUACAUUGCAACCUCUUCUGAAGUGGUUUGAAUGGUAUCCCUUAGUAACUUGCUCUUGUUUAAAGAGACUCAGAGUUGGGCCAUUGUCAGAACUGAGUCAGGGAAGGAGAUGGAUGAGGAAGGCCAGAAUCAUUCUUGGUACAUUUACUAGCACUUUAUGGAGAAAUUAACCGUGAAUUAAUUGACGUGUCUUAAUUUCAUUGUUUCAUAUAUAUACAUAUACAUAUAUGUAUAUAUAUAUAGUGCAUCUAUUCCCACCUUGUCAUUAUUUAAUUCACUAUGUUUUAAGUUUUUAUAAUCUUGCUGUAAAAAAAAAAAAAAGGAAUGUGCACUGAACUUAAAAACAAAUCCAAAAUAAUUUCUCCUAUUUUCUGUUAAAUAACAAAAGUGGAGGAAAGCAUUAAACUGGUCAUUUUUGAUUGGAAAUGCUGUAAAGAUGUGGAAUGAAGCCUUGGGAGGCCUUCCUAUCUCCAAGUCUAUGUAUUUUCUGGAGACCAAACCAGAUACCAGAUAAUCACAAAGAAAGCUUUUUUAAUAAGGCUUAAACCAAGACCUUGUCUAGAUAUUUUAGUUUGUUGCCAAGGUAGCACUGUGAGAAAUCUCACUUGAAUGUUAUGUAAGGGGUGAGACACAACAGUCUGACUAUAAGUGAAGAAAAUAUCUGGGUCUUUUAGUCAGUUUGGUGCAUUUGCUGCUGCUGUUGCUACUGUUUGCCUCAAACGCUGUGUUUAAACAACGUUAAACUCUUAGCCUUCAAGGUGGCUCUUAUGUACAUAGUUGUUAAUACAUCCAAUUAAUGAUGUCUGACAUGCUAUUUUUGUAGGGAGAAACUAUGUGCUAAUGAUAUUUUGAGUUAAAAUAUCUUUUGGGGAGGAUUUGCUGAAAAGUUGCACUUUUGUUACAAUGCUUAUGCUUGGUACAAGCUUAUGCUGUCUUAAAUUAUUAAAAAAAAAUAAAUACCGUCUGCAAGAAACCAGCUGGUUUAGAAAAUUUUAGUAUGUGAAGAUAAACUAGAAAUUAUCUUUAUAUUCUAGUAUUUUCAGCACUCCGUAAAUUCUAUUACCUAAAUAUUGCCACACUAUUUUGUGAUUUUAAAAUUCUUACUAAGGAAUAAAAACUUUAAUAUACGAUACGAGAUUGUCUAAUAAUUAAAAAGGCAUAAUGCUCCAUUAGUUUUAAGAUAUCUAUAAAUUUAGGGAUGAAAGUUAUUAACGUUCUCAGAUAUACAACUUUGUCAUUGGCUUGAUAGCACACGUUUCCAGUUUCUUACAAGCCUUCAGGCUCUGGCUGUGUCUGCCUACUUGUUUCCAAUGUAUCUCAAUGAAAAGUGCAAAAGAAAAACCUACCAAUCCCUUGCGUGGUCUGUUUAUGUUAGACCCAAUUUGCUCAUGAUUUUGAUUAAUUUUUGACUUCUCAUCCAGAUAGACUUUUGGAUGGUCUGGCGUUUCUCCUUCACUGGAUCCUACAAUAAAUACACUGCCACUUUGGGGUGCUUAACUUUCUUAUAUUUUUAGCUCCUUAACCUUUAUAAAAGAAUUCUCCUGUGGGACUUACUCAUGGAAUUCAAGGAAAAGAAAUAAAUUAGUUGUAGGCUUUUCUCAGAUUCAUGGCCAAAUUUGUGAUUUGAUAUGGGAAGGAUUGUCAAUUUUUCCUUUCAAUAACCUUCACAAACCCCUUGAUUUUUGAAAGGUGUUGAAAUAAUAGUCAAAAUUUAUAAGAUGUAGAAAAAGUGCUCCCUCUGCUGACUUAUGGCAACCAAACUACCAAGUCCUAGAAUGUGGAGGCAAAGGAACCUCAGAGAUGAAUUUGUCAAGCCCUCUGCAUUUUACAAUAUGAAGUCCAGAGCUAUCCUAUACCCUCCUAAGAUCAGACAAACAGCUACCUGUAGCUAGCAAAAGAGGCCAAGAUCUACUUCAUCCCCCAGUCAGUAAACUACCUACCACCACAGCAUCUUCAACACAUAAACUGAAUUUGAUUGGACAGCAUUCGUGAAACGUCAUAAAUAAACCACAAGAACAAAGGAAGUAAAAAUUACCAUUAGAAAACCAUGUAGGAUUUUGGAGCAUCGUAAUCUACUAAACUUAGAAAAAUAUUGUGUAACUCAGAAUAAUUGGAAAAAGUUGUAUUUUAAGUAUUUUGAGCUACAUCUUAAUGUCAUACUGUAAUAAUAUUAGUUUCAUAACCAAAAAAGAUUCAAAUUUAAUUGGAGAACAAUAGAUGUAUUAUAAAGUAAAAAACCUUAGGGUUGGACCAGAUUUUAUAGGUCAGUUAUUUAGUCCAAAUGCCCAUGUACUUACAUGGUAAUAAGAUAAAGUUAGAUUUUCAGAACCGAAAAAUAAUACUGUCUACAUGGCAUCUGAAAUGUGUUAUUUUGGUAAUUGAUUAUUUUAUGAAUUAAAACACUGGAGUAAUGACUCCAGGAAUGAUUCACAAG